AUGUCCGGAGAGGCUUGGCUGUACCUGCUGGCUGUGUUGAUCAACGCGGUCAACCUUUUCCUCCAGGUCUUCUUCACUAUCAUGUAUAGCGAUCUGGAAUGUGAUUACAUCAACCCAAUCGAGCUCUGCAACCGCUUAAACGCCUAUAUUAUUCCCGAAGCUGCCGUACAUGGAUUUUUGACUUUUCUGUUCCUUAUCAAUGGCUAUUGGCUGGCACUUAUCCUAAACUUGCCCCUGCUUGCCUGGAAUGCCAAAAAGAUUGUUGAUAACACCCAUUUGUUGGACGCUACAGAAAUCUUCCGGAAGCUGAACAUUCACAAGAAGGAGUCGUUCGCCAAGUUGGCUUUUCACCUUGUUAUGUUCUUCUUUUACCUGUACAGCAUGAUUGUGGCGCUUAUCCGAGAUGAAUCAUCCUAA